AUGGUUCGUGUCACGGAGGAGCUGGCGAUCUCGCCAGAGCAUGUCACACUCUACUAUACCACCGACCCUUUGAUCGGCCACCUACCCGUCCUGUUCGCGCAUCCAGGUCCAUGUCUACACCCCCGCUGGGUUUAUGUCCUUUCACCGCAUCACCAUCUCUCCAACUCUCCCUUCUACGAUGUUGUCGACUACCUGCCGCGCGAGUUCCAAGGUGACGAGGUUUGCAGAGGACUGGCCUUUGGCCUAUACAAGUACUUCAGCGAGCUACCAGAAGCCGUCAAGUCCUACCUAAAACACCAGUAUCCCACACGAGGCCCCAGGGCUCCCGAUACGGCAGCUACCUUAUUCAGCCCUCAGCAUGCCGCCGACCUCGCCAAAUCGGCCGUUCCCGCCGAGAACACUGCCGAUGUGAUCCAGAGCCUCCAAGUUGCGCUACAAACACAACACAUAAGCAACGUGGAUAUCGACUUGGUGUUGCCCCCAGGCUCCAUCAUUCCCCUUGAUGACGAAGAACUCGAGGAGGUACCCGAAGAUGAAGACGAUAUUUUGGACCCGACUCUAAGGCAGUACGGCGGCUAUACUCCUUUGGUAAAGCUGUUUGGAGAGCCUGUGUUUCUGCCCACUUCGAAGCUUCGCCGCGCACCUUCGCGACCCGCCUCAUUACGAAACAGAACCAAGUCGUUCUCAAGGAACCAGAAAGUGGAGCUGCGCAUGAAGUUGGGCGAGUUGGUCGAUACUGAGGAGCGCUACGUGCUCAAGGUGAACGAAUUGGUGAACCAUGUGGCCGACGAGUUCCGCCAAGCUGCAAAGGCACGAGCUACCGGUAAGAUAUUAGAGCUAAACACGGCGUUUAUGCACGAGCUUCGGCGGAUUAUGGACGACACGGAAGAGGAUGCGAUCAGAGACAUGGAGACACCUUUCCCAAUACACAGAGGAGAGGGCUCCGUCAAGGUCAAGGACCCCAGCGGUGCUUUGGCCAUGGCCCGCCUCUUCAUGGAGUGGUUCCCCAAGUUCACCGAGUGUUAUCAAGACUACAUCCGGGCCAGUCGGGAAUUUCCCCGAUUACUCAACCUAUUUCUAGAGCAACAAUCAAGCUUUCGCCAGCGAGUAGCCCAGAAAGGAGAACAAGCAGUCCGGUCUCUCCUCAUAGAGCCGGUCCAGCGACUGCCACGAUACAGUCUCAUGAUCGACCAAAUUGUGAACUGCCUGCCCAUCACGCAUCCUGCCUUGCAGCUAAUGCUCCGUGCAAGAGAUAUAAUAACCAACAUCUGCUCUCUGGACGAGGGUGCGGGAGACAAGCCCCACAUCAUUAACAGGUUACGCGCAAUGGUGGAAUGCUGGCCCCCAGACCUGGAGCCGCAAGGAAGGUUAGCCGUGGCUGCCGAUUUUGUCGAGCUACCUCCCCCGUUCGAUGACCUUCGGGAAUCGGACCUUGAAGAGAAUGCCGGAAUUUUCCUCGUAUUCUCUGAUAUUGUUGUCAUCAUCAAGAAGAAGACCGACUCAGGGCUUACUGGUCGUGACCUACUACGCGAGAUUGACAAGCCAUCGCCCGCUGGUCUGCUGGCAUCCAUGACUAACGUUGCUGGAGGACCUGGCAUGUGGGAGUUUGCGCUUACGGGGUGGCAUAACCUUGCCGAUGUUCGUUUCACAGAGUCUGCCGAUGGUAGGCUAAUCUGGAUGGCGUCCACGGCUGACAUGAAGGGGUCACAUUCUGGCGAGUAUUUCGGUGGAAAGGCGAUUACCUCGAGGUGUUUCCUCCUGCAAGAAAUGUACGAGGGUAGGGCAUCCAAGUGGAGCGAAGAAAUCGUCAAGGCUCGUAUCGAGGGACGAUUUUCCGAGCCGGAGAGAGAAGAUCCCACAUGGACUUUGCGUUCUGUGAGGAUGGAAGAAAACAAUUUCCGGCUACACGCAGCGGUGUUUCAGGAGGCCGCAGAUCAACUCAUUGAAGGCCGACGAGAACCAGCGCCUAUCCGGGUUGUCCUGGAUAUGGACCUAGGUACCAAGAGCGCCCCAGUCGGUCAUUACGGCGUAGAGGUCGUGGUCGAGAUUAGGACUGCGGAUCUGAGGAGGAUAUCAAUGAAUACUCUUGGCUUGAACGGCAAAAAGUUCAGCGACGAAGUUGCCUUGGACGACUUCCUACCAACCCUCUCACGCAGAAUCAUCCAGUUGCUAAGUACCCAAACCUGUGUCGCUAACCUAAGACUCGCUCCCGCCCUUGUCAACUACUACACCAAGAUCCUACGCGGCCUCCACAUGGGUUCAAAAGACAUGGAAAAAGGCCACAAGCGCUCACAAAGCGCAUCCCCCGUCAAGUUGUUGUCGAAUUUCCUCGGUGGCAGCACGCCCAGUGUUACGCUCACAGAAAGUACGCCCAAUGGCUCGCUAAGGGGGCACCAGCGGAAUCCUAAUGGGAGUGCUCCCGCUCUGCUCCCCUCACAGAUGGCCAGGACGAACAGUCGGAACGACUUGAUGUUGCUUGCGGCCUCGAUCAAGGAACAACAUAGUAUCAAGCUGGGUACUACUGAGGACAUGCGCCCCGAAAACCCACUGUUCCGUCUUGAACAGACCUUCACUGGUUUCAUUGCCAAUCUACAAGCUCGUAAAGGCUACUAUCAUGGCCGAACACUGCUUACUAGAUCCAUGGCAGAUGAACUGUUGGUCAACGAUCUCUACAACAGACUGAUCGAGUUUCCUUUUGAUUUGGAAGCCUCGGCUGAGGUGGGCACUGACAUAGUUUUUGCCGCCUUCGAGAAGUUUGUGCGCAUCGCAUGGCGCGAUCAGAUAGGACCGAUCAUAACCAUGCACGCGCUCGAUGCUCUCCAAGUCCGCGCUUCCAAGAGAGUGGUGGGCGACUUUGGCGACUUUGUCCGAUUCAUUUUCCGAGACCUGGCCCCACAAAACCGACGGGCCUUCACCGCACUGAUCAAACUACUGGCAGAUUUACUAGAUGGAUGUUCGAAUGACGGAGAUCGGGGUGCCUUGACACUAGCGUUCGCGGAAUUACUUGUCGACGACGGCACCGGUUCCAACUACAUCAACCUUCUAGACCGCCUUGUUGAAGACUGCGACCGAAUCUUCGAGGAUCACAGCUUUGGCGCAACCCUACAGCUCAAGAGCUCACACGAAGACGUUACCGCGAGUAACCGGAGCCAAAAGUCCAUCACGGGAUCCAUGACGUCCAACAGCUCGUCGCUCCGGAGAAAGUUUGGGUUCGACAACCUCCUCCGGCAAAACAGCAACAAAGAAUCCGAUCGCGAUCGUCCUUCGGUAUGGCGGUCCCUCAGCAAGCACACAAGGAGCCCAGGUGAAAGUUCCAGCCUUUCCAAAGCGAGUAGGUCAAAAUCAAUCGAUAUCAGCGUUUUCUUCAAUCCACCAACACCCAACAGGUCGCGACGCCCAGGGUCGCGAGACAGGCCUCCAAUCGCCGGAGCUUUCGAUGACAUCACGCACCGUCCGUCUAGUUCAAAACGAUUAGAAACGAUUGGCGAGCCGGAAACUGAAGUGGAAGCGUCCCCCGGAUCCAAGCGGUUAAAGAAGAAGCGUCGCAGCUCGCUGUCGGAUCUGAAGUCGAUAUUGUCGUCCACCACCCUGGUAGAUUCGAUUACGAGCCCACCCCCGGUCGACGAUAAAGAGGACCCGCUGGUCAUCGAACCCGACACCGCCGACCUCCCUGUGCCCGCUCAGAUUAACAAAAAACAGGCCCCCCAAAAGUUUAACACGCUGCCCCGUCUCCCAGCACCGACCAAGAUCCCCGUCAGCCCGAACUCACCCACCAAGAUACCGAUUAGUCCCGGCUCGGGCUCUAAUAUCAGCCCUGGUACUGAACUGACCCCACCGUUGUACGCGUCCCGUCCAAAGGAGAGCCCAAGCGUUAGUCCCCUAGCACAAACCCCAUGCACUCCACCUGAGAGAGAGCUCUUCAGCUCGUCUCUUCCCAUCCGGAAACGUCCCAAGGCCCUUUCGGUCUCCCAAAUCCCAACCCUGAAACCUUCCCGGCUCCCCACCGCGGAACGGCCAUCAUCAAACAGCAAUAGCACCAGCAACGGCGCUGCCAACAAUGGCGGCAGUCUCACUCGAUCCCCGAGCCGUCCCGCCCUGCCCUACAAUAACGGGGGGUUAAAGACCCCGACCACAUCCAGCGGCCGCCUCGGCCUCCGCUCCCCACAAAAGCUCCGUGAGCGCUUGCAAACCGAACUCAAAGCCGUCGAAGAAGUUGAUGCCACUCUCCAAUCCGAACUCAGCCGCAUCUCAAAAGACAUGACCCGCAUCAACGCCACCAUCCCGCGUUCCGCCUCCAACGAAAUCCGCCGCCUCUCCAGCGCCGUUCGCGCCCUCGAGGAGCGCGUCCCGCAAGCCAUGCUGGACCUGCAGGAACGCCAGGCAGAAAUAAAUCGGGAGAUGGAAGUCACGCUCAAAGCGGCCGAAGCUAAAGUCAAAGCCAUUGAUCAACUUUAUAAGGAGGCUACGGCCGAGAAUGAACUUUUGUAUGAGAAGUUCAAUAGCGAACUUGGCAAGAUGCUUAAAGCUCUGAAGGGCAAGGGGAGGGAAGAUAAGGAGGAACUGUUGGCGAAACUGAGGGAUCAGAGUGAGGAAGCAGCGAGAGUCAAGAAGGAAAAUGCGAGGUUGAAGAGGGAGAUGGCGAGUUUGAGGGCGCUGGUUACGGCUGGGGCGAGCAGUGGCAGUGGGAGUUAUAGUACGCCGACGGAGAGGGUGGAAGGUCUUAAUGGGGUUGACGGGUCGUGA